ACUGUGUCUGUAGGGGCAUGGUGCGAUAAGAGCUUCAGAUUGGAGACGUGUUGCCUUUUCAUUUAUUUUGACAGAAGCAAGAAUAUCAGCUGUGUGGAAGACAAUGAUGCCCGCUCUUUGGUUAUACGGGUUGGUGCUUCUUUUGCCUACAGAGUCCUGCAGGAUAUUCUGCCAGGCCACCAGCAAAAGCAAGGAGAAGGUGAUGUCCAGGCCACGUGAUGUAUGUGAUGGUGUCUGUAAGGACAACACUGCCCCCUGCUUUCAAUCUUGCCCUCCAGAAAGUGAGGGCAACGUGAAAUUUGCCUGUAAGGCCAAGACAUGGCACAAAGUCACUGAAACCUGUCACACCCUUAAUGCCAUCAGCAUCUUUGAGGAGGGUGUGGAAUUAUUUUCCAAUGUUCAAUCAUCAGAAUCAACUGUAGCUUUCCAUGAGACUCACAGACAAUCUCGCACCAUAACAGAUAUGCUGAUGGAAAAAUGCCCAAAGGAUUUGUCUUGCAUCAUCAGAAACAUUCAGAAGUCUCCCCGAAUGCCAGGGAACAUUGCUGUGGUGGUAGAGCUCUUGCACAACAUCUCGACAGCUCUAACCAGAGAGGUCAAUGAGGAAAAGAUGAAGAGUUACAGCGCCAUGGCUAACCAUAUUCUUAACAGCAAGAGCAUAUCAAAUUGGACCUUCAUCCAAGACAGAAACAGCAGCUGUGUCUUGCUUCAAUCAAUCAAUUCAUUUGCAAGCAAGCUAAUUGUGAAGGAACAUCCCAUCAACAUAUCACACAUCUUCAUUCAUACCAUGGGUACCGUCAUGUCCAAGGACAGCCUUGGGAAGAACUUCACUUUCUCAAUGCGCAUUAAUGAUACAAGUGAUGAAGUCAUUGGGAGGGUACUGCUCACAGCUGAAGAGCUUCAGAAGGUUCCUUCUCCUUCCCAGGUCAUCAGCAUUGCGUUUCCAACCCUUGGGGCCAUCCUGGAAGCCAGCCUUUUGGAAAACAUGACCGUGAAUGGGCUUGUCCUGUCUGUCAUUUUGCCUAAGGAGCUUAAAAAAAUCUCGCUGAUGUUUGAAAAGAUCAGCAAGGCAGAAGGGAGGAAGUCCCAGUGCGUGGGCUGGCACUCCCUGGAGAGCAGAUGGGACCAGCAAGCUUGUCAGCUGAUGCGAGAAAACUCCCAGCAAGCUGUUUGCAGGUGCCGGCCGAGCAAGUCAUUCACCUCUUUCUCCAUUCUCAUGUCACCCGACACCUUGGAGAGCCCGGUUCUAAUUUACAUCACGUACAUAGGCCUGGGCGUUUCCAUCUGCAGCCUGAUCAUCUGCCUGUCCAUUGAGGCCUUAGUCUGGAGUCAAGUAACGAAGACAGAGAUCUCCUAUUUACGUCACCUGUGUAUUGCUAACAUUGCAGCCACCUUGCUGAUGGCUGAUGUGUGGUUCAUUGUGGCUUCCUUCCUCAGUGGCCCGGUAUCCCACCACAACGGAUGUGUGGCUGCAACAUUUUUUGUUCACUUCUUCUAUCUGGCUGUGUUUUUCUGGAUGCUUGCCAAGGCCCUCCUGAUUCUCUAUGGAAUUCUGAUUGUGUUCCAUACACUGCCCAAGUCAUUCCUGGUGGCCUCUCUCUUCCUAGUGGGCUAUGGGUGCCCUUUGGUGAUCGCUGUUAUCACAUUGGCUGUGACAGAGCCUAGAAAAGGCUACCUCCGGCAUGAGGCCUGCUGGCUUAACUGGGACAUGACCAAGGCUCUCCUGGCCUUUGUGGUCCCAGCUCUGGCCAUCGUAGUUGUAAACCUGGUCACAGUCACGCUGGUUGUCAUCAAGACCCAGAGAGCUGCCAUCGGCAGUUCCAUGUUCCAGGAAGUAAGGGCCAUCGUGAGGAUCUGUAAGAACAUCGCCGUUCUCACACCACUGCUGGGGCUGACCUGGGGAUUCGGAAUCGCCACAGUCGUCGAUGGGCGCUCCCUGGCCUUCCACAUUAUCUUCUCCUUACUCAAUGCCUUACAGGGCUUCUUCAUCCUGGUGUUUGGAACAAUCCUGGAUCCAAAGAUAAGAGAAGCCUUAAAGAGUCGAGUAGCAUCUGCCAAAUGGAUCUCCAGAGUAUCAGAGGACCUCUCUUCUGAAUUCUCUUGCCACCCUACCAAAGGGCCAAGCUAACCAACCAGGAUACAUCCCUAACACGGGAGGUUGCUCAUUCCUGGAAUGGCAGUGCCUGAGGAAGCAUGCACUUAACUCCUGUCCUCUUGCCACUGGGUACUUUGAAGGAAGCCUCCCACACUUCAGAGCUGAUGGAGGAGGGGGCGCCAUGUGGAAAGCAUGGAGGCCCUUUUAUCGAAGCUGUUCCGUGCUGCUUCUAAACACGUCUUGCCCACCAACUGCAAACCUGUAUACAACACACUAAGCAUCUGCAAGGGACAAGAAGACAAAGUGGGUCACAGCGACAGGGUCUCACUGGUGCCUCCACCUCCACACUGCUGGGUCAUAAAUUAUCAUCAGGGAGAGAGCUCAGCUUGUCUCAGCAAAGGUGGCCCAGGAUACAACGUGUUGGAUUCUACAUGAGCACCCUGAAGAAUAGUCUCCAACAGUUGGACUGACUCUAAGUGACGCACAGCUGGCUCUCUGUAUAGAAGGAAGGCUUCUGCCAGUAUAUUUUACUUUUUCAAGGUCAAAUUGAUUAGAUGGCCAAGCCUGGCUUGGACGUGUAAUGCAACUGCUUUGAUAGUGAACCAAGUGAAAAGUAUAGAGUGUUUGAAUCGGACCUGAUGCCUGUUUUAAGAUGAGGUGGAAGCCUGGACCUGUAAGUCAUGGCUCUGCUAGCCUGGGCCAACUCUGUUGGCUUGCAGAGCUCCACUUUCUCUUCCAGAGCAGGGGCCUCUGAGGGGCUUUCUGCUUGCACCUUCAGACAAGAGAGGCUGCUGAAACCUGGAUGAGGGAGGGGACAUAGAUUUCAAGCCCUGUGCUGUUCAUUUCCCUAGCUGUAUGUAAACACAUUCAACAUUCAAAGCAGAUGUCACCUGACAGAGAACAAGACUGGGCAGUAGAAGGCCUCUCUGAAGCAGGUCCACAGGUGACUGCCCCCGAAGAAAAGCAGGGGUUAUAGACAAAGGGAUACAGGCAGAUGCCCAAGCCGUUGUCCUCUCUAGAGGCCAGUAUUCUUGAUGUUCUACCCAAGGUGGGAGGCUGGGCAUGAUGGGCACUGCUGGAACCCCAGCACUUGGGAGUCAGAGACACAGAGAGAUGCUCUGAGUUGGAGGCCACUUUGGUUUACAUGGUGAGUUCUCAAUGGACCGACGCUCUUCUAAUAAAACAAACACCCCUCCCCCCAAAUAAAAACCAAACCACAGCAAAAACCCCAGUUAAAACCCCAACAAAACACACACAGGCAAGUGAGGCUCACUUUGCGGGUGAGUAGCUCUCUUUCUCCUUUGUGUGUGUGUGUGAGAACGUGUGUGCUGUUUGUGUGUGGGCGGUGUCUGCACACAUGUGCGGGUGUGCCCUAGAAGUUCAGGAGAGGAUGUCUGCUGUCCUGCUCAGUGACUCUCUGCCUUAUUUCUUUGAGAUAGGGUCUCUCACUGAACCUGGAGCUAGACUCCAGCCAGCAAGCCUCAGUGACCUCCCCUUACCUGCCACCCACAGAUUACAGGUGGGCACGGCUAUAUCAGUGUUUUAGUGUGGAGUUGGGGGAUCUGAAGUAAAGUUCUCAUGCUCGUACAAUAGGGACUUUUAGCAGUUAGCCCUCUCCCCAGCCUACCCACAUGCACUUAACACAAAUAAAAAAGAAAUACUUCCUUUAAGUAGGGAAGCCUGAGAGGGCACAGUUACCAGGAAGAUCAAUUAGAAGAUGGGAAAGAUGUACCGGCUAGAAAAAGUCAUCUUUCCAGUGCUGUGCUUAUGUUGGGGCAUGGCACCCUUUUCAUGUAUCAGAAGUGGUCUAGUUAGUGACACUUCAGUGUAUCCCUGGAGCUCUUUAAAUGAAGAAGAUGGGGUAGACGACACAGUGCUGGGUUCCUCAGUGCAGAUAUGGCAGCAUCAUGAGAACUAUCACUUGCUGGCGGUCAAUGUAAUGAAGUCAAGGUGGAGUCUCAUGUAGCUAAUGGGUAGAAGAAGUCUGAUGUGCACUCAGCUUGGCAAAGGCUAAGCGUUGUUCCAUGUGGAGAUGAGAACCCUGAGCACAAGGAGAGAGGGAGGGAAUCAUCUUUUGUUUGUAUUAUGUGUUGAGCAGGUGUGUCGGGCUUGAAAGCACUCAGCUCAGGGGCACUCACUCUGUGACCGGAGGGUGAAAUCACUAACUAAGCAAGGCCUGUGGAUGCUAAGAGGACCCCUUCCCCUGGCAUUUCUAGGGAAUCUCUUGAAGAACUCUAGCCUUCUCUCCCAUAGUCCAAAAUCCACUUCGGCAUCUUGAAAGAGGUCAGGGGACUACACAGACUAAGGUGACUUGUGUGACCCUCAGUAGAGACACUUGCAGUAUGCUUCUCACAUCUCACAAAGAUGUGGUAAGGUCAGAUGACUCAAGAAGACACUGUUCUGAAGCAGCUUUGUGACUUGAAUGGACAUAUUACACGGCCCUCCUUGGAAAAUCACUUAAAUUCUUUAGAAUCUGGUUUCCUCAUUUGUGAGUGUGGGGCUAGUGAGUCUACCUCCUAGGAUUAUUGUAAUGAUUCAAAACAGUAAAGUAUUUAUGACAGUAAUUGGAAAUAAUAACUGCUCAUUAAAAUGUUCAUUUCUUUUAUUAGUGUGCCUGUGAAUACAUGCACAUACAGAUAUACACACAUACACAAAUAAACACACAGCCAUGGCCUUUGGCAUGAGUUUGAAUGAAGAUAUCCUCAUGGGAACAAGUUAAUUGACUUCUAAAUAAAACAAUGAAGCAUUUGAUUUUGUCUGUGUAGCAUUGGGGUUACACAGAGCUAGCCAGUCAAACCCACUGGGGCUCAUGGAAUGAGCCUGCUAUCCAGUGUUGCCGGAUCAUAAUGCAUAGUUCCUUGGGGCUACCAUGGGGCCCCCCUCAUUCUGUGGUGUUUCCAAGGCUGGAUUUCCUUUCUGCUGUCUCUGAGGGGUCUUUCCUGACUGCUCCCUGAUGUACUUUCCUAUAGCAUUUACAAUCUGUGCUCUUCACUUCCCAGGAAUAGUUACUGUGCUAUAUAGUGUGUUUCAUUUGCUUUUUUUUCUUUCUAUAUGUUUUCUUUUCCAGAUAAGGUUGUGAAUCUUUAGGAAGAGGCUGGCUUCGUAUUUGAUAACCACUUUGUAACUUUCUUUUGCGUGCUGAUAGGGCAACCAAGUGUCUUACAACAGAGUGUAUUCGGUAAAUAUGUUUGUUCAAUAAAGUCCUUUGAUUACACAACCA